AGCUCGUCCGAGUGACUGAAUCCAUCUCUCGUCUCCUACAGUCCUACACCCUCGUUCCGCACAGAACUACGAACCCUUGUUGAGCAAAUAUCCGACUAGCCGCGAUAUGGUUUCGUCAAUGAAGCAGCAGUACAGAGAUCAGGCCGCCGGGGUGCCCAUGUCCCUCUCCCUCUCGCUCUCCCUUGGUGCCAUGGCCGACCGCAGCAAGAAGAUGCGCCGCGGCGGCGUGGACGGCGAGUUCGUGUGCAAGACGUGCGGCCGCUCGUUCCCGUCGUUCCAGGCGCUGGGCGGCCACCGGACCAGCCACCUCCGCGGCCGCAACGGCCUCGCGCUCGGCCUCGCUGCUGGAUACGAUCAGCCGGCGACCAAGAAGACCACGGACCAGAAGCGGGCGCACCAGUGCCACGUCUGCGGGCUCGAGUUCGAGAUGGGGCAGGCGCUCGGCGGCCACAUGCGUCGGCACCGUGACGAGGCGGCCGCCACCACGGCGCAGGCACCGCCCGUUCUGCUCCAGCUCUUCGUCUAAUUGUUUUUUUUCUAGUUCAACAUGGAUAGAAAUCCAGUGCAGAUUUACUGGUUCACCUGUGUGCGCGAUUGGAUUUGUACAUUUGCUGCACACUAGUAGGUGUUAAUCGCUGGUUCAUUCGAUCAUUUUGAUAUACAUGUACAUACUUCGGGACUUGUUCAUUCGUUCAUUACAGAGACUAUAUAUAUGUUACAUUGAUGGACGCGUCUAGCGGGCGGCUGGGUGCCCGCUAGCGCUCAUGGGCGGCCAGCUUUUUUGAAAGCUUCUAUCCACUUUGUCCCGAUUAGAAAACUUGUAGCAUGUUGUUAAUUAAUCACCUUAU